AUGACAGCCAACGGCACAACCAAACGCAAUCCCCUCCCCCACGGUGUCUACGUCCCCACCGUGGCCUUCUUCAAGCCAGACGAAGAAGUCGACAUCGCAACCGUCGAAAAGCACGCCGCCUACCUCGCCCGCAGUGGCGUAACAGGCCUAGUAACCCAGGGCAGCAACGGCGAAGCCGUCCACCUGGACCGUGACGAACGCAAAGCCAUCACAGCAGCCACACGGCGCGCCGUCGAUGCAGCGGGGUACAGUAGCAUGCCAGUGAUCGCCGGCUGUGGUGCCCCCUCAACGCGCGAGACCAUCCAGUUCUGCAAAGACUCCGGCGAAGCAGGUGCCGAUGCGGUCCUGGUGCUCCCGCCCAGCUACUACAAGGCGCUCGUGAGCAGCGAGUCCAUGCACGCACACUUCCAGGCGGUGGCUGAUGCCUCGCCGGUCCCGGUGCUCAUCUACAAUUUCCCUGGGGCGUCGUCGGGGCUGGAUCUUAGCUCCGAUGAUAUCCUCGCUUUGUCGGUGCAUCCUAAUAUCAUCGGGUGCAAGCUGACCUGUGGUAACACUGGUAAACUUGCCCGUAUUGCUGCUGCGAAGCCUGAUUUCCUUACCUUUGGUGGAUCGGCCGACUUCACCCUCCAGACUUUGAUUGCUGGUGGUGCUGGUAUCAUUGGUGGUGUUGCCAAUAUGAUUCCUAGAUCUUGUGUGCGGGUUAUGGAGCUCUAUCGCAGUGGAAAGGUUCAGGAGGCGCAGAAGGUGCAGGCUGUUGUUGCUCGUGCUGAUUGGGCUGCUAUUCAUGGUGGCUUCAUUGCUGUCAAGACUGGUCUGCAGUCUUAUCGUGGCUAUGGGGGUCUUCCUCGGCGGCCUUGUGUUGUCCCCGAUGUGAAGGCGGCCGCGGCCAUUCACGAGGAGUUCCGUGAGGGGAUGGAGUUGGAGAAAUCACUGGAACAGUCUUAA